CGAUGACGAUGAUGCAGCAACUCCAUCGCCCGUUGCAUCCACACCUUUUGCUAGUUGCUUCAUCUGCUUCCUUCCGCUAGCAUCAGUUGCGGCACAACUCGGAACUCAGGAGAACAGAGCAUUUCCCGGCACAGAUUCUCUCCUAGCUCUUCCUGCAAUUCCAGCAUGAGCUACCAGCAGGGCUAUCCACCUCCGGGCACCGCAGCGUACCCUCCGCCGGGCCAGCAGCAGGCCUACGUCGCGCCGCCGCCGGUCGCCUACCAGCAGGACCAGCAGUACCCUCCUACCGGCGCCGACACCACGAGCCGCGGCGGCCACGGCAACGGCGGCGAUGGCUUCUUGAAAGGAUGCUGCGCGGCGCUCUGCUGCUGCUGCCUCCUCGACGCCUGCUUCUGAUCAUCGAGUCUGCCUCAUGCUGCUCCUCCGUCACGAUCGAGCCAUAUGAUCGUCAUGGACUCAUGGUCAUGGUCAUCGGAUGAUGAUUUGGUGCCAAACGUCAUGAAAAAUAAUAACUAGGCCAUGUAGAGUGCACGCGUUAUUAUUGGUUUCCCGUAUGAUUGCAAAUAAACAUGCGAGACUGAUAUAGUUGCCUUCUCUUGCUGUUAUUAUUUUUCACCCGUCUUACUGAAAUUUCACAAUAAUUCUAGUGAGUUUGGUACUUUUAA